AGCAGAUGAGGAAGAAGAAGAAGCAUGAGGUGUGAAUUUCUUCAAGAUGGGAAGAAAAACUUUUGAUUUUUUCCCAUAUGCAUUUGGCUCCACAGAUCUUCUUCUUCCCUUGUUCUUCCCUGAAAGUUUGGAAGGGAAUUCAGAAAAGGGAGACUGGAAAUACACUCCAAGAACAUUCAUUUUGGACUGGCCCUUCUGGUACUCUUUUUUUUCUUGCUCUAUUGUUUAUUUUGCUCGACCCAAAAAAAUUUGACAAAAUAUAUUACGGAGUAAUUUUUAAAUAAAAAAGUGUUGGAACAUAAAAAGCUCAAUGUCUUUGGCCGUGCAAUGCGGUUAUCUUCCUCCCAAAUUCCAACGAACGCGGCGGAUCAUCUCCGGAAUCCGCUCAAAUCCGCCGCAAGUGUUCAUAUCUACAAACCUAAACGGCGUUGACAUCCAUUGCGUCGGCGAGCUAUACUCCGCCUGCAACCACUCUUGCAACCGCUUUCCCAAACUCGACGUCGAUGGCCGAGUGGAUCCCGUCGACCCCAACAAGCUCCGUAAAGCUCUCCUCCACAGCUCCGUCGUCGUCGCGGUGUUUGUCCAGCCCGAGAUUCGCUCCCGUUUGGCGGCUUUUGGAGGAGAUUUGGCUCGGGCGAUGACGCCGUCCAACGGAAAAUUGGUUGGAUUUGGUCGCGCCGUCUCGGAUUCUGGGCUAGCUGCUUCCAUCUACGAUGUAAUGGUUAUUCCUUCAUUACGACGGAGGGGAAUCGGCAAGAGGAUAGUUCAAAAAAUAGUUAGGAUGCUUACAGAUAAAGGCAUAUAUGAUAUAGCUGCUCUCUGCUCUGAUGUAGAGAUGCCAUUCUUCAGAGCAUGUGGGUUUGGAGAUGACAUCCUCGGAUCCACCGCAAUGAUGUACACCGUAACCACUCGGCUUUCAAAUGGAGAUUGCUCAGUUGGGUAAAAAUGUUAGCCAGAAAUGGCUUUGAUAAAGGGCACACAUGUAUAUAGCUAAGCUUUUCUUUGAUCUCCAUAAUUCUAUAGGAAUAUGAAGCACUCCCUAUAUGCUUGUUACUCCACUAUGGAGUAUUUGAUUUAGUCCAGGAAUGUCAAUCCUAUCCUACCCGAAUUGACCUUAAAAUAUUCGAAUCCGAACUGAAUUUUUU